UCCAUAUACUCGACAAUAUCCGCGUUCGACUGCAUGUUCGGUCUGUUCAAUGCAUAAAGCUGAUCAGAAUACUUCUUAAGCAUCGCCUUGACACGCGACUGCACAAGGAUGUGUUGUUCCUCGGCAUAUGUCCGCCAAGAAGCAGCCAGCCCUUGGUAUUCGUAUGGAUCUCUGUAGAUCAGAUCACCUUCGGCGUCUUCCAAGUUACCGACAUCUUCCAUAUAAUCAGUCUCCACUUCCUCGCUAUAGCCAGUUAGUGGCGACGCGGUCUACUUGGUCGACAAGGACACGCUUGACGUCAUCGUCCAAGAAGUAUUUCCACGUCACGACGUGGAACUUCAAUGCUUUCAGCGCUUCAGCCCAUUUCUCCUCUGCAAUAUAUUUUUGGAGUUUCGCCUUGCUAUCGUAUGACAAGUUGAGCCCCGAGAACCAAUUCUGCUUGAUCCUUGAGUUCAUCUUCUCGUCAAGCAAGAACAUCUCAUCCUCAUGCACCUUGUUGGCCGGCGUCGCUCUUCGGCUCGGUGUAGUACCUGGCACCUGGGUUUGCUUUGCUGACAUCGUUUCGGUCGAUAUUGGCUAGGUUUGAAUAGCCUUGUGCCAAUCUGUUCAUGAAGUUGGGGAACAUCUGGUUCUCAAGUACAUGCUCCGCUGUGAUUGAAUCUGGUCAGCACAAUGACUCUACAGGGAGAAGUUCGAGACUGGAGCAAAAGUCUGGCU